UAGGCGGGGCGCGUCGGGUGAGCAGCGGUGGUGGUAGGAAUGGUGUUGUUAAGAUGGCGGCGCUGAAGGAGGAGCGGAGUUACGGGCUGUCUUGUGGAAGGGUCGGAGGGAGGGUUUCUGUCUUCCACGUCAAGCUCACCGACAGCGCCCUACGGGCAUUUGAGAGCUACCAGAACUGCCAGGACUCCAUAAGCGUAAAGCCAGCUAUUCGAUUUGAAGGCAGCCAAGGGCAUAUAACAAUUCCUCGGCCUGAGUGUCCAACAGAAGUGCGGACUUUCACGUUCUAUCUGUCAAAUGUAGGCAGGGAUAGCCCUCAGGGGAGCUUUGACUGCAUUCAGCAAUACACUCAAAGUAAUGGAAAUGUCACCCUUGACUGUUUGGGCUACAUCCAGGAUAAAAUCACUGUAUGUGCCACAGAUGACUCCUAUCAGAAGGCGCGGCAAAGCAUGGCACAGGCUGAAGAGGAGAACAAGAGCAGAGGUGCCAUUGUAAUCAAAAUGGGUAGCAGAUAUGGAGCAGUCAAAAAGGUCCAAGUCCGGAAACCUGCUCCAGGAAUCCCUGAAGCUGUUCCAUUAAGGAAGCGACCGACACCAGUAAAUAUAGCAAAUACGAUAAAAAAAAACGCCACCACCCACUCCAUCACCGUUUCUCAACGACCUUUCAAAGACAGGGUGAUACAUUUACUAGCCCUUAAACCAUACAAGAAGCCUGAGCUUAUUCUGCGACUACAGAAAGAUGGGCUUUCAUUACAAGACAAAGACUGUCUAGAUGGCCUCCUGCAACAGGUGGCAAAUAUAAGCGCCAAAGACUGCACUUGCACAUUAAAAGACUCUAUUUACAAAGAGGUGCAGAAAGACUGGCCUGGUUAUUCGGAAGGUGACCAACAGCUACUAAAACUAAUACUUGUCCGGAAGGUAAGCCAGCCACAAAAUCCAUGUGGACAGACAAAGAAUGCACCUCUGAGCCCUCCCAAAGACAAUGUGAAUUCCACUUCCCCAUUACCCCAGAAACGACCCUCUCAAAACCCAGAACCUAUUGACCCCUCAAUUCCCAAGAAAGUCCGUAUAUCGCACUUUACACACCGUUCACAGCCUACUUUCAAUGGAAAGUUAAAUUCCUCCAAUGGAAGGGAUUCACCAGCUCCUCCUACGCAGCCUCCCAUAUUGGAGUCUGUGAUCUCCAGUUCUCAGAUACAACAGUCCCAUGACCCUCUUUUAGACUCCAACACUGACACACAACAAAAAGACUGUGAAAGCCUAGAAGCCUCUGAGAGGCUUGGUCAUGCACCACAGACGGACUCUUCUCCUGUGGCCAAACAAAACUGUAAUCCCACACAUGGAAAGCCUAAAAAGAAGUCCAAAAAGCACAAAGAACGAGUCAGAACCAAGGAAAAGAACCCAGAAGGAAAAAAAAAAUGUACCUCUGGGAAAAUCAGUGGCACUCUUCAGGAUGUCCUGGAUUUAAAUGGAGCUUGCAGUAAUUCCAGUAAUCCAACAUCAACCUCAGAGCUGCCAGAUUACACCUUGAAAUAUACAGCAAUCUCAUCUCAGGAGCAGCGUCAGACUUACAAAACUGACUUCAACGAAGAAUACAAUGAAUACAGAGAUUUACAUGCAAGGAUAGAGAGGAUAACGAGCAAAUUUACACAACUGGAUGGUCAGCUGAAACAGCUAUGCUCUAGUUCAGAGGAAUAUAAGACUAUCCAUGAUCAAAUCUUACAAGAGUAUCGUAAAAUUAAAAAAUCAAAUCCGAAUUACAGUGAAGAGAAGAACCGCUGUGAAUAUCUCCACAAUAAACUGGCUCACAUAAAAAAAAUGAUUGCACAGUAUGACCAACAGGUUCUGUCCUGGCAUUAGUGCCCAUGUUCGGGUAGCAGUAUCGUUGCUCCUAUACAUAAAGCUGUGUUCUUGGCCCCUUACUUUUUUCGCUGUGCAAGGUUUUUUUUUUUUUUGUUUUGUUCUGCAGUUCCGCUUGCUAUCAGUGGAAGAGAAACAACUUGCUAAACAAAUGGCAUACCUUGUGAAAUGAUCUGGUUCUCAAUAAACCAAGUAGUGGAAGCUGCACUUGGUUUAAGCUCACUACCUGCAAAAUCGGUUACAUUUUUUUUCCCUUUUUUCAAUUUUUUUUUUUUUUUUGUCUCCGUUUUAAUAUUGGAUGGACAAGUAUAAUCAAAACGAUGCCAAAAUGGGGUUAUGUAUUUUUUUUUCUUUUCUUUUAUCAUUACUGGAAUCCAAUAAUAAAACGAACAAUGCAGCCAAAUAUUUUCAGAAUCUUGUGGUUUAGAGUUUGGGACAGGAAGUCACAGAGGGCUUGUUCAAAAAAAAAAUGCACACCUUAAUGUGUGCUGCAUUAAUUUGUAUUGGGAUGUGUUUUAUACCUGUUGCAUUUUUCAAUUGACUCCAUUUGAAUUGAAUGGCUAAAUGAUGGUGUGAACAAGCUUUGAGUAUUGUGAAAGGAAUUCUAGAACCAUAGUUUGGAACAGUGUUAAGCUGAGCGUCAUUGGAAAUCACAAAAAAAAACGCUUCAGGCCUGAAAGUUUGGAAAAACCGAAACAGACAAUUGUACUUCAAGAAUCAUGUCACCUACAAAGUCUUCUACACAAGUGCUUUGUUAUGGAAUUUUUUCAUAAUUGAGCCCUCUCAAUGCCUGGCCGCUUAUAUUUUGAGCUGUUGACGUUCACUGUUAACCCAAAGUGUUAUUAGUGUGUAAGGCGAUUGAAAUAAAGUAAAACCAUACCUAAUUUUACAGCGCCAGUGUGGAGAUUCAGUUUUGUGAAGUUUUGUAUAUGCUGCAUGUUGUCUCUCUAGCUGGAAGUUUUCCAAGAUGAAGACUAGCAGAUUGCCUAGAGUAUAUACAACUUACAGUGAACUUCAUGGAACUGGAUCUUUAUUUUGUAAUGAUAAAGUACAUUUCUUUUCGAUUCAUUAAGGGACACAGGAUUUAGUUAUUUUUAGGCGGGUUAUACUGCUGACCACAGGAGGAAUAGGACACUGACAAACCAUUGGCCAGCAAGGUGUAACCCCUUGCACUCCCAGCAUGCUUGGUUUUUUGCUUGUGUCCUAGGGAAUAAAUGGCGCUUUAUUUUA